CUUGUGAGUACUUUUUUCCUCUUUCUACAUGCUUUCUUCUUCUUCUGCCUCUGGUUUCUGAAGUCAUCAUUUUCCAUAAUAAGCUACUACAAUGGCAGACAUUACCCAUUUUCCUAUGGAACAGCUUCAAGACCUUGACUACUGCUUAGACUCUAAUCCUUCAUGGGUUGAAAUUAUCCUACUAGCAUUUCAAAAUUACAUAUUGAUGCUUGGAACAAGUGUGAUGCUUCCUUCAAUGAUAGUUCCAGCCAUGGGAGGAACUCAUCGUGAUACGGCACAUGUGAUACAAACUAUACUCUUUGUAGCCGGCAUUAACACACUUCUUCAAACGCUAUUUGGUACAAGAUUGCCUACAGUAGUUGGAGGUUCCUUUGCGUAUCUGUUUCCGAUUGCUUAUAUUAUCAAUGACCCCUCAUUGAAACAUAUUAGUAACUCUCAUGAAAGAUUUAUACAAUCAAUGAAAGCAAUACAAGGAGCUCUAAUUGUAGCCUCAAGUAUUCAGAUAAUCUUGGGUUACAGCCAAGUCUGGGGACUAUUUUCAAGGUUUUUCAGUCCUCUUGGAAUGGCACCUGUAGUUGGAUUAGUUGGAUUAGGGUUAUUUGAACGCGGAUUUUCUGUGUUGGGAAACUGCGUAGAAAUUGGUAUACCAAUGCUAUUGUUGGUAAUUGGUUUGUCACAAUAUCUAAAGCAUGUGAGACCAGUUAGAGAUAUCCCUAUCUUUGAACGUUUUCCAGUGUUGAUUUGUGUCCCAAUUAUUUGGAUCUAUGCUGUUAUCUUGACUGCCAGUGGCGCUUACCGAGAUAAACCUUUCAAAACACAACAUAAUUGUCGUACAGACAGAGCCGAUCUAAUAUCUACUGCUCCAUGGUUUAUGUUUCCAUACCCUCUUCAAUGGGGGGCACCUACAUUUUCUGUUGGCCAUUCAUUUGCCAUGAUGUCGGCAGUUAUAGUCUCUAUGGUGGAGUCAACUGGUGCAUACCAGGCAGCAGCUCGGUUAGCCAUCGCCACACCACCUCCUGCGUAUGUGUUGAGUCGAGGCAUUGGUUGGCAGGGGAUUGGUGUCAUGCUUGAUGGUCUUUUUGGAACAUUGACAGGUUCUACUGUUUCUGUGGAAAAUGUUGGAUUACUUGGACUAACCCGAGUUGGAAGUCGAAGAGUCGUUCAAGUUUCUGCUGGUUUCAUGAUAUUCUUCUCUACUUUAGGAAAAUUUGGAGCUGUUUUCGCAUCUAUACCUUUCCCGAUAUUUGCUGCACUGUACUGCCUUCUCUUUGGCGUUGUCGCUUCAGUUGGAAUAUCAUUUCUUCAGUUCACAAACAUGAACUCUAUGAGAAAUCUUAUUAUCAUUGGCCUUACAUUGUUCCUUGGAAUAUCUGUUCCUCAACUUUUCAAUCAGUCCUCGUCUCCUUCGCUUCCCGGAUACGUCCAUACUAAAGCAGGAUGGUUCAAUGCAUUCUUAAACACCAUAUUCUCAUCACCAGUAACAGUUGGUUUGAUAAUAGCGGUGUUGCUCGACAACACUCUUGAGGUAGAAAAGUCAAAGAAAGAUCGAGGGAUGCCAUGGUGGGUGAAGUUUAGAACAUUUAGAGGAGACAAUAGAAAUGAAGAAUUCUAUACACUGCCAUUCAAUCUCAAUAGGUUCUUCCCGCCUAAGUGAUCUUGAUGUCGAUGAUGUGAACCAUAACAAUUAGAUUUUCUUGAAGCUGCACAUUUCAGACUUCAUGACUAACACAUGCUAUUCUUCCUUCACCACCAACCAAAUUUUUUGGAGGCCAUGUGUGAAGUUUGGUCCAACAUAGGAUUAGUAGAUGCAAAUUUCAAUAAUUUCUACCUGCUAAUGAGUUCUUUUUUAAGCUGUAUAUGUCUCAAUCGACAACUGAAUUUAGUAAUUUUGCUAUUUAAGUAGUCUUUCUACAAUUAACAUGGUGACAUAGAUGUUUUUGUUUUCAUAAGAUUUUGAUAAUGGACUUUAGCUG